AUGAAAAAUUAUCUCAUCUAAAUAAUAACAGAUGAAGAAAAAGAUCUAUUAGAUUUAGAAAUAUAUGAAAAAUUUCAUUUUUUAAAAGAAGAAAAAUAAAUCUUUAACAAAUGUGCUCAAUCAUUCUGUGAUUAAUAUACUGAUAGUACAAACGAAGAUGAGUAAACUGAAUGUUCAAGUCUAGAAAAUUAAUCAGAUCUGUCAAAUAAUUAAUCUAAUAGUUCGAACGAAAUUGAGUAAACUAAAAGCCCUAAAUCUAAAGCAUAAUCCAGAAUGUUGACUUCAUCAAAUAUAAAUUUUGAUAGUACAUUUGAAAAUGCAAAUGAUAAAAGUCCUAAUCUUUAAUCAUAACAAUUUGAAGAUUCACCAAAUAAAUAUGCAGAUGAAUUCCCUGAAGAUGAGAUUUUUAGAUGUUCUAUAAAAAGUCGUAAAAUAAAAAUCUCUUAAGAUUCACCAAAAAAUGAAAAAGUAAUUUUUUAUGUUGUUUACUUUAAAUAAUUCUUUAUCAUUUCGCUUAUUCCUCAAAACCUAAAGAAUGACAUAUAUUUUUUAUACUGA